ACGUAAACAGUUAAAAUCUGACAGUUCGAUUUUACACAACGACGCGAGUUCAACAUGUUGUAAAUAGACUGUUUUCGUGCGGAAAACAAAUCUAAACUAACCCACAAAUUACUUUUGUUAGCGUUCAAGGUGUUGAGAAAACUUUUGGUGGUUGCGUGAAGGAGGAAAACACAUUUUGAUGGUUAGCUUGCUCGCUAACAAAAGUGCAUCCAUGGGCUGAGCAUGACCAUAUAUAGAGCGCUCCGACUUCCAUCGCUGCUGAGAUGUGAACUCGGGCCAGAUACAGGGCAACAAACAUCACGUCGUCUGACUGCACCAGUCCAGCCAUGUCAUCGGACCACAACAUCGCCAUUGUCAUGGAUGACAAGAUCUAUGAGGUGAAUAAAAGAAAGCUGAUCGAGAAGAGCGACUACUUCCGUGCACUGUACAGCUCCGGCAUGAAGGAGUCAACAGAGGACUCCGUGCAGCUGCAAGGGCUCAGUGUCCUCGGUCUGGAACUUGUCCUGGAGUUCAUCAACACAUCUAAGGUCCAGAUUGUGAACGAGACCCUGGAGGACUUGAUCGAAGCCGCCUCCUUCUUGCAAGUCACCUCCAUCCCCAAACUGCUGACAUCAGAAAUCCGACUGGACAACUGUGUGGAACUCUUCACUCUCUCUGAAGUCUAUGGGACUCAUGAGCUUAAAAACGCUUGUCUGAAAUACAUGAGCUGUUACUAUCACCCCAUGUUGAGGAGGUCUGAGUUCAGCAGUCUGCCAUCAGAAGUGAAAGACAAAGUCAAAGAUAUGCGCAUGUCGGGCACUGCUACCUUGGUGGCUAUUGGAGACUUCACCUGUCUCUCCCUGGACCGCACAGACCGUGAAGAACCCUGGUCCAUGUUAAGGUAUGGAGAACUGGAGCAACGAUGGAAACCGCUUGUAAACAACCUACCACUGGAUAUAAUCAAGAUUAGAGGCUACAGUUCUGCUGUUUUGGACAACUACCUUUUCAUAGCAGGAGGUUACAGGUACACCAGCCAGGAGAUCUCUGCGGUGCACUGCUACAACCCCUGCAGAAAUGAGUGGAGCGAGGUAGCUGCUCUCAACCAGAAGAGGUCGAACUUCAAGCUACUUGCAGUUCAGGGGCGGUUAUAUGCUGUUGGGGGUCAACGUCUGGGAACAGUGGAGUGUUACAGUCCAGAGCAGGACUGGUGGACCUGUGUGUCGUCUAUGCCUGAUCCACUGGUCGAAUUUUCUGCCUGUGAAUGUCAGGGGAUGAUCUAUGUCAUGGGUGGAUACACUGCAAGAGACAGAAACACCAGCCUUCUUCGGUACUGCCCGUCCUCGGACACAUGGACUGUAUUCCGCUCCUGCUCUGCUCACAUCAGAAAGCAACAGAUGUUCUCGGUGGAGGACACCAUCUACCUGGUGGGUGGAUACACGCACCAGCUAGAGCCAUUCCAACACCGUGAUCGACGGCUUAGCCAGCUGGAGGACGUCCUCACAGUCCAGUCCUACAGUGUGACCACGGGCGACUGGACCAUGUUAAAGGAGAACAUGUACAAGUCAGGCCUGAACCUGACGUGCACCCUGCAUAACGAUGGCAUCUACAUCAUGAGUCGGGACUUCAGCCUGCCCACGAGCCUGGAGCAUCGCGUUUUCCUCAAGUACAACAUCUUUUCUGACUCGUGGGAGAGCUUCAGACGCUUUCCUGCUCUGGGUCAGAACAUGCUGCUGCUCUCACUGUACCUUCCAAAUAUGCUCUCAUCAUAACACACCAUAGCUGCCGUGCCUCAUCCUUUUCUUCACACGUUCUCUAGAAACACACACACACACGAAUAGACCUGAAGAACAACUGUAACUUCACAGGUCAGAUGAUGUUUACACAUUAAAAUGGCACUUGUUUGCUAAUGUUCUCAUGAUUCACGAUUAACUGUUAAUCCAACAUGUGACUUAAACUCAGGGGGAAAACCAGCAGUUUUUGGGAGAAGUGGGUGUAGGGAAUAUUUACCUAAUAUUUCUAUACAUUUUUACGAAAUAAUUUUUCAAAAAUAUUUAAUUUCAUGUGUGAUGAAACAACCUGAGAAUAUAUAUAUAUAUAUAUAUAUAUAUAUAUAUAUAUAUAUAUACACACACACAACAAAAGCCCUUGUUGUUGAAUUUCCACAUUGUGGGAAGAAUAAAGGCUCCCUGUUCUAAUCUAAUCUAAUCUAGUACUGACAAGGUAUGCUGCAGAAAGAUGUGCUCCAUGUAGAUAAAUGAGAUAUAGUAUAAAAUACUUCACUUCUCACUGAGCUUCCACACUGAAAAGUGACCAGGAGUCUAGUAACACCACUUGACUGUGCAUAACAGACGUCUAUUAAUGGCUUUGGUUUUACACUGCCGGUUUGUGGAACAGAACUUGCCACUAAAGAGUUGGGUGACCUUAUGAGGGGAUCGGAGCGAGAUUACAGGAUCAUGCCGGUGUUUUGGAAGCUUCAGCUAUGGUUUCAUUUGUUGUGAAGGCGACCAUGGAGCUGGUAUUUGGGGAAUUAUCCAUGACAGACAUUCUUAUUUUGAGUGUGGAUCGUUAUUGACAUCAUCAUCCAAUAACUAUGGUAAUUACCUCGACAUGACACAGCUAGUCACACCUCUCAUGAUCUAUUGAAUGGACAGUUAAUGUGACUAAAUGCCAUACGAAGACAAUUACGACUCUCACAGUGUCAGAACCCACUGCUGUCUGCUUGGUGCUUCCCAUAUGUCACAGAUAAUGCAACCCUCCACACAACUGUUGGACAUUUGAACCGGGGACAUUUUAAUUGGGCAUUCCACAGCUCUAUUAUGCUGCAAGGAAGCCUUCAUGAAUUCUUUAACUUCUCCUUAGAGACUCUACAUCAGUGGAAGACAGUUCCACUGAGGUGCAAUAGACUUGCUAGUUUAAAUACCCAAGUCUCAUAGUAUUUUUGUCCUACUAUGACAAUUUGCAAUGCAUUAAGUGCCUCAAAGUGAAAAGUUUGAUACCUUUUCAUCCGUUUUAUGCUCAUGAUUUGCAGACUAUUUAUUCUUCUUCUAUGUGUUUUACGUUUUACGUUACCUUCACGUUUGGUGUUAAUGGUGAACAGUUUUUGGUGUGUUUUUGACACUUGAGAAAUAAAGAACGGCAAUUAAGGUGCAUGUUUUAACGAAUAGCUUGGAAGUGUUCCGAUAUUUUUUAUCAAUAUUAUAUCACUCUUCACUGACUUCAAUGA